AUGGCGGACCCGCACGCCCUGGCGACGACGCCGAUGCCGAUGCCGCUCGUGUACGCUUUCGGCUCCAACGGCUCUGGCCAGCUGGGCAUCGGCCACACACACGACGUGUCGCGGCCCGAGCGAUGCCUCUUCUCGACAGGCACCGGCGAGAGACGAGGCCACACGACGAAUCGUGACGGGAGACAUUCGCGGCUGCACGGGAGAUCCCCGUCCCCCACGGUACGAAUACCGGAGGUCAAGAAGAUUGUCGCCGGCGGGAACCACACGCUCCUCCUCACAACGGAGGGACGCCUGUUCACCGCGGGAAAGACGCGCAUGCGCAUGGCUUCUUCUUACGACCUCGUCCCCGGCCAGACUACGGACUCGACGACAUCAUCUAGUGUGGUGUUCGAGGAGGUUACCCAUCACGUGCUGUCGUCGUCCGCGUUAGGCACCGUCUCAGAGACGGACGGCGGAGUGGCGGCGGACAGAGCCGCCGUCAUCGUCACUGACGUGGCUGCGACGUGGGAGGCAUCCUUCGCGGUGGUAGACGCUAAGGUUAUCGUUGGGUGGGGACUCGGGACGAAAGGCGAGCUCGGCCUCGGUCCUCGUGUCAUUUCUACGGACGGGCAGGUUGAGAAGAUAUUCGAAGUUGAGUCGGCAGCUCCCGGUGACGGCGAGGCUGUCGAGAUCAUCGGCAUCGUGGGUUCUAUGGCACACGUCGUCGUCGUCCUCUCCGACGGGCGGGUCUACGGGUGGGGAAGUUGUCGCAAAGGCCAGCUUGGAGAACAGCUGAAGACGGAAAAGAUCCUGUGGUCGCCGAGAAACAUUGGUGUCGGAGGGGGCGACGACGAGUGUCUAGCUCUCCUGCCUUGGGUGCCGGAGAAAGUGGUUGCGGGGAGGGAGUAUACCAUUUUCGUCAAGGCAGGGCGGCCGCCGGUGGUCUGGGGAGACACCAGGUUUUUUGAUGAGGAAGACCUUCAAGUGAUCGUGGGAGAAGACGACGUGGUCACGUCCGGCUGGAGUUCGAUACACGUCCUUUCGCCACGACGGUCCGACCAGUCCCUGCAGAGUGCGGGCAGAAAUGACCACGGCCAACUUCCUCCUGCUAGCCUCCCGCCUCUUCGAACUGUCGCGGCCGGAAGUGAGCACUGUGUCGCCCUCGGCCGGGACAACCAAGUCAUCGCCUGGGGCUGGGGCGAACAUGGCAACUGUGGUGAGACGCUGGAUGAAAGAGGAAAUGUGGCAGGCCGAUACAAUCUGAUUCCUUUGUCAGCACUCGAUGACAAGAUUGUUCCGAAAGACGUGGCCGCGGGUUGCGCCACGAGUUUCAUGAUUUGUGGGAAGGAAGACGGCUGA